UGGCCAAGAAGAACCCGGCAAACGCAAUGUCCACCAGAAUCCCAUCGUACAUGGCCUUCCCAACAAUGCGGCCGAUGAACCGGUACCAAUUCAAGCUAUGCGGCUCGACGGCAUACGCAUGCGGAUUCGGGUACAGCUCGUUCUUCUUAUUCGCAAGCCACAGCCCGCGGUUCGUGUCAAACGCCUCCUUGCACAGCGACGUGAAGAAUUCCUUGAACACGCCCCCGCCGUCGAUGCCCGCCUCCGGCACGUCGAACUGGUCGAUGAACGUGAUCGCGAUCUUCCCGCGCAGGUCCACGUCGCGCAGCCGGUCGAAGCCGUCCUCCGAGAUGUGCGCCCGCCGCACUACCACGCGCGUCGGCGGCGUGUACGCCAGCGGCCCCGCGCGCGUGCGCCGGUCGUUCUCGAUGAACGACCGGAACACCUGCACGCGGUUCGAGAACGGGAUCGAGAACGGGAUGUUGUGGAGGAUCCCCAGCCGCGGGGCGAGCCGCGCGAUCUGCCGCGACGUCGCUGCGCGCGCGUUGUUGGUCGUCAUCUGCAGCUCUUCGAACAGCGCUGCUUCGAUGAAAGACUUCAUGUCGAUCUGGCCUGACACGAGCCAGUGGUCCUCCGGGGUGAACGGCCGCCGAGAGCUUGUUCGUAGUCAGUAACAGUUCGUACCCAACGGAGCGACGCACUCUCUUGCAUGGAUCGCCAGCAAACACUUGGUCACUCUUUCCCGCACUUCCUCCCACGUAAAGGCCAGACCCCUAGGCCCAUGCGCAGCCACUAGCUCUUGGUGCCCAUCAUCCAAUGUACCUUGAUACAGCCCAAACGCAAUGUCAAGCAGCAGCCGGCUGAACGUCGUCAGCUCAUCCAGGCUCAUCGGAUUCCGGGGCACAGCCGUCGCCGUCGACGUGCCAAAGAACUCGUCAUCGCCCAUCGUCAGCAGCGCAUGCGUGUAGAGGUCAGCCAGAAACAGCACCGCCGGCAGAGUCGUACUCGGGGGCUGAUUCGAUGGCAGUCCUGAGAUACACGUUCAGCUCUCAUAGGCACAAGUCCCACCGCUGUCAACCUACGCGUAAACUCCUGCAGGAUCGCCGCAGCGUGGGCUCGGCGCACGGACCCGCGCCACAGCUCCUUGAUGACCGUCACCCCGUGCCCGCCAACCAUAAUCGCGCCCAGCACCUCGCCGCGCUUACCCGGCCACACGCGCUCAAGCGCUAGGAACAUGCGGAACAGCGCGGCGCGGCUCGCAUCCGGAUGCCGCUGCGUGGCCGCCAGCAGCGCGUUCAGGUGCGCAGGCGCCACGAGCGUCGCCAGCCGCUUCUGCGUCUUGGCGUCGAGCGCGGGCAGCACCACGCGCGGCGCGCUCGGCACGAAUGCCGACACGACCGACACCAAUGUGGUGGAUGCGGAUGCGGCGUGGCCGUCGUCGGAGGAGUCCGAGUCUAAAUCCAUGUUGACGGUGGGGGAAGCCUUGGAGGCCGAGCGCCCGUCGAACACAUUCGCCGGGAGCGAGUCGAACACGACCCGCAGGAACUCGAUGUACCCCGCAAGCGCGGCGGGCAGCAUAGCUUUAUACCGCGGGGGCGUGAACGCCGUGAGGUUCGCGACGACAUGCACGCGGUCCUCGAUCGAGAGCGCGUCGAUGGCCGGCGGGCCGGGUGCGGCGAACGAGUUGUACGGGAUGUGUGAGGAGAGGUGCGUCAGGCCGGUCAGCGGCAGCCGAUUCGGCAGCAGCGGGAUAAUCAGGAUGUUCGCGAUGAAGGCGUGGAACGACUCGGUGGAUGUCAGCGAGUCUGAUGGUAGGGUGAAGAACGGCGCGGUGACGAGCGUUAGUAUUAGAGGUAGCGAGACGGAUGUUUUAGCUUCUACGGGAGG